AUGUACCGCCAAAUUCUCGUUCAUCCAGACGACCGCGAUCAUCAGCGGAUACUUUGGCGGCACCGUGCCGUUGACGACAUCCGCGAAUACCGCUUGCGAACGGUCACGUAUGGCUUGGCGUGCGCGCCAUUCCUCGCCAUACGGACCUUGCACCAGCUCGCCGACGACGAAGGUCACCGAUUUCCGCUAGGAGCUGUCGCGCUGCGCCGCGAUACUUACGUGGACGACGUCGUGACCGGCGCGAGCACCCUCUCGGAGGCCACCGCAGCGCAACGGGAGCUCCGCAGCCUCUGCAUGGCGGGCGGGUUUCCUCUUCGGAAAUGGGCAGCCAACCACCUCAGCAUCCUGGACGGCAUUCCGCACGAGCACCGGCUGACCCACUCACCUCACUCGUGGUCACACGAGAGUCACACAACACUGGGUCUUCACUGGCACCCGGCCAGCGACCACUUCACAUUUUCCCAACCAACACGUCACUUCGACGAACUUACAAAACGGCGUGUCCUGUCCGAAAUCGCACGAAUGUUCGAUCCUCUCGGCUGGAUCACCCCGGUCACAAUGCGGGCCAAGAUCCUAAUCCAGUCCGCCUGGCUCCAGAAGAUCGACUGGGACACUCCACUUCCAUCACCGGACACGCUCGCUUGGAGGAACCUGCUCUCGCAACUUCCGCGCCUCAACGAGAUAAAGGUAUCUCGUUGGCUCGGCAGCGACGGUCCGCACUCACACGUCGAACUAUACGAAUUCGCCGACGCAUCGGAGCGAGGGUACGCCGCCGUGGUGUACCUCUGCUCCUCCACUGGAAGGGGCACCACACUCCACCUGCUGACCGCUAAGGGCAAGAUCGCGCCCGUGAAGCCCGUGUCCUUGCCGAGACUCGAGCUAUGCGCGGCCGCCCUCUUGACGAACCUCGUCGUUCACACGCGCACUCUGCUAAGUUUGUCCUCAGCUCCAGUCUUCCUUUGGUCGGACUCCAGGGUCACUCUUCACUGGAUCCACGGACACGCCUCCCGCUGGAAGACCUACGUGGCCAACAGAGUGUCAUUGAUCCAGGAGCGGCUGCCCGAGGCACGAUGUGCCGGGCAAGGACAACCCAGCUGA